CGCCCCGCUGGUGUUCCCUGUGCUGUUCCCUGCACUCAAGGUGGGGGUCAGCCGAUGGAACAGCUCACAGCGGGGCAAGCGAGGAUGCGCUGUCGGUGUCACGGCCGUGUCACGGUUUCCAGCGUCCCGCUGACCUGCCCGACAUCACCUAUUAGUCAUCCUUGAAACGAGUCACUUGCUAACAAACCACCUCUAAACAGGAACUCUGCUCGGGGCUGAUGGCCUGUGCCAGGACCACCUUCAAACCCGCCCUCAGCAAGGUUUGGGAAAAGAACAAGGGUGCUGAGCGGUUCACCUGCCCAGGGGAGGGUUCCCCCAAGCCAGCAGCCCCAGGGAGCUGUGCUGCAGUUCCUGUUUGUCUCUCGUGACAUUUGCAUUUUGUUCUUUGCUUUAGGACUGCUGGACCGCUCAGUGCUCUGCAGAUGUCCCAUCGGGUUAGCGCAGCUGUGCUUGGGUUUUGGGCUGUUUCUGUGCAGGGAAGUGAAAUCGUGACUGUUACACUGGAGGAAGGUGUUCCCUGGACAGUCCCAGAGACGACUGUGUCUCCAGAGCAGAUUGCCUUGGGACCCCGCCCCUCCGUCCUGCUGCAAUGAGUGGGAAGUCCCUGCUCCUGAAGGUCAUUCUCCUCGGGGAUGGUGGAGUUGGGAAGAGCUCCCUCAUGAACCGGUACGUCACCAACAAGUUUGACUCGCAGGCGUUCCACACCAUCGGGGUGGAGUUCCUGAACCGGGACCUGGAGGUGGACGGGCGUUUUGUGACCCUCCAGAUCUGGGACACGGCGGGGCAGGAGCGGUUCAAGAGCCUGCGGACGCCCUUUUACCGGGGGGCAGAUUGCUGCCUGCUCACCUUCAGCGUGGACGACCGGCAGAGCUUCGAGAACCUCAGUAACUGGCAGAAGGAGUUUGUCUACUACGCUGACGUGAAGGACCCCGAACACUUCCCGUUUGUAGUCCUGGGCAACAAAAUAGACAAACUGGAGAGACAGGUGAGCACGGAGGAGGCCCGGGCCUGGUGCAUGGAGAACGGUAACUAUCCGUACCUGGAGACCAGCGCCAAGGACGACACCAAUGUGACAGUGGCCUUUGAGGAGGCUGUGCGACAGGUGCUGGCGGUGGAGGAGCAGCUGGAGCACUGCAUGCUGGGCCACACCAUUGACCUGCACUCCAGCUCCAAAUCGGGGUCUUCCUGUUGUUAAGAGCGGCUGCUGCUUCGGGAGCACCGCUGGAGCCGGCGGCUGGAUCGGAGCACGCGUGGGCAGCCCUGGGGCACUCCGAGGAGAGCGGCCACGAGGACAACAGGGGGCUUGUGCUCACUGGGGAGUUGUAGCCUCACCAUCUGAAUCCUGCCUGGAGUUCUCAGGCACAGAGCAUGUAUCCGCAGGAGGGAGCUGUUUAACAGAGCAUGUGAGCGCAGUCCAGCUUCCAUCUCUGCCUGUUUUAGCAGGUUUAAAGGACUGGGUUAAAGUCCUUUAAAUUCACUAAAGACAGUAGUGAUCUGUUCUGUUCCAAGAACUGCCUGCAGAGCAAAGCUGAGCGCUCCCUAGACACUCUUUAAAGUAUUUUAGUCCUGAACUCAAAAAAAAAUACUAGACCCACUCAUGACCAUACUGCCAAAGGAAAGCCUGCUCAGCAUCCUGAAAAAACUUGUAAAGACUCUGGCCCAUGUGACUGUGAGAAAGCCAAAUACUGGAGAGGCUGGGAUGUGUGUAUCUGUUGUUUGGGAUAAGUGCAUUGUGUCCUGAGACUGAAUUGUGAUGAAAAUUGUUAGAGCUCUGAUCUGGAGCAAUAUAUGAAGGAGAGAUGGGCCUGUAUUUGAAUGUGACUGCAUUGUUUCUUUGUAGCUGCCUAUUUCUGGUCUCUUUUUCCUCACCUUUUUUUGUCUUGUGUGAGUGUUAUUUUUUGUUAUUUAUGUCUGUUGUUGUUUAAUAUAUGUUUCCUUGUCUCUUGUGGAGGCCCAACAGCA